GCGCGGAGGGGCGGAGGGCGAACGGCCGCUCUGAGCCGAGCCGUCGGGGAAGCGGCCGCCGGCAUGGCCCGCUGGAUCCCCACCAAGCGGGAGAAGUACGGGGUCGCAAUCUACAACUAUGAUGCUGUCCAAGAUGUGGAGCUCUCCCUGCAGGUCGGCGACACUGUUCACAUUUUGGAGAUGUACGAAGGCUGGUACCGAGGAUACACGCUCCGCAAUAAAUCAAAGAAGGGCAUUUUCCCAGAAACAUAUAUCCACUUAAAAGAGGCAACCGUGAAGGACCGGGGACAACAUGAAACAGUGAUUCCAGGUGAAUUGCCGCUUGGGCAAGAGCUUACUUCCACCCUGAGGGAGUGGGCAGUUAUCUGGCACAAGUUAUAUGUGGAUAACAAAACAACACAGUUUCGUCAUGUCCAACAGUUGACUUACAGCCUGAUAGAGUGGAGAUCACAGAUACUAUCUGGGACUCUUCCCAAAGAUGAGCUGGCUGAACUCAAGAAGAAAGUCACUGCUAAAAUUGACUAUGGCAACAGGAUCCUGGGUUUGGACCUGGUUGUACGAGAUGACAAUGGGAACAUCUUGGACCCAGAUGAAACCAGCACAAUCUCUCUUUUCAAGGCCCAUGAAACUGCAUCCAAAAGGAUUGAUGAAAGAAUCCAGGAAGAAAAGUCCCUGCAACAGAAUUUGGAACUCCGAGGGCAGCCAAUAUUUAACACAACACACACUUACAGCCUCUAUGUAAACUUCAAGAAUUUUGUCUGUAAUAUUGGAGAAGAUGCAGAGCUCUUAAUGAGCCUCUAUGACCCUGACCUCUCCAAAUUCAUCAGUGAAAAUUACCUUGUUCGUUGGGGCAGUAAUGGGAUGCCUAAGGAAAUUGAGAAGCUAAAUAACCUUCAAGCAGUCUUUACUGAUUUAAGCAGUUCGGAUUUGAUCAGGCCGAAAAUCAGCUUGGUGUGUCAGAUUGUGAGAGUGGGGCAUAUGGAGCUGAAAGAUGGGAAGAAACACACGUGUGGACUCCGGAGGCCCUUUGGUGUGGCAGUGAUGGACAUAACAGAUAUCAUACAUGGGAAGGUGGACGAUGAGGAAAAGCAACAUUUUAUUCCAUUUCAGCAGAUUGCCAUGGAAACAUACAUCAGACAGCGACAGCUAAUUAUGUCCCCGCUGAUAACUUCCCAUGUGAUUGGAGAAAAUGAGCCCCUCACUUCUGUCUUCAACAAAGUCAUCGCUGCAAAGGAAGUGAAUCAUAAAGGGCAAGGUCUUUGGGUCUCCCUGAAGCUGCUUCCUGGUGACCUAGCACAAGUUCAGAAGGAUUUUUCCCACCUUGUAGACAGAUCCACUGCUGUGGCUCGCAAAAUGGGAUUUCCUGAGAUAAUUCUUCCUGGUGAUGUUCGAAAUGAUAUCUAUGUCACUCUGAUACAAGGAGAGUUUGACAAAGGGAAGAAGAAGACUCCUAAGAAUGUAGAAGUCACCAUGUCUGUACAUGACGAGGAUGGCAAUCUCCAAGAGAAAGCUAUCCAUCCUGGUGCUGGUUACGAAGGUGUCUCUGAGUAUAAGUCUGUUGUUUAUUAUCAAGUCAAGCAACCAUACUGGUAUGAAACUGUAAAGGUAUCCAUUGCAAUAGAGGAAGUCAGUCGUUGCCACUUAAGAUUCACUUUUCGUCAUCGAUCAUCGCAGGAAUCAAGGGAUAAGUCUGAGAGAGCUUUUGGCAUGGGCUUUGUGAAACUGAUGAAUGCAGACGGAACAACGCUACAGGAUGGCAAACACAACUUGAUUAUUUAUAAGGGUGAUAACAAGAAAAUGGAAGAUGCAAAGUGCUAUUUGACUCUUCCUUAUACGAAAGUGGAAAUGGAGGAGAAGGAGACCCCCUCAGGGAAGAGUCUGCACCAUCUAGCCAACUUUACACCCAACAAAGACAGUACAAAAGACAGCUUCCAGAUUGCCACUUUAAUCUGCUCUACCAAACUCACCCAGAAUGUUGACCUGCUGGGUUUGUUGAACUGGCGUUCCAACUCUCAGAACAUUGCCCACAACCUGAGGAAGUUAAUGGAGGUGGAAGGAGGAGAAAUUGUAAAGUUUUUGCAAGACACUCUUGAUGCACUUUUCAACAUAAUGAUGGAAAUGUCAGAAAAUGAAACCUAUGACUUCCUUGUGUUUGAUGCACUGGUAUUUAUUAUUUCUUUGAUUGGAGACAUAAAGUUCCAGCAUUUCAACCCUGUACUUGAAACUUACAUUUACAAACACUUCAGUGCAACUCUCGCAUACGUGAAACUCACUAAAGUGCUGAACUGUUACGUGGGAAAUGCUGAUGACUCCAGCAAGACAGAAUUGCUGUUUGCUGCUCUGAAAGCCUUGAAAUACCUCUUCCGAUUCAUCGUUCAGUCGAGAAUAUUGUACCUGAGGUUUUAUGGGAAAAGUGAAGAUGGUGAUGAAUUUAAUGAUGCAAUACGCAAGCUGUUCUUCUCCUUCAAUGUCCUCAUGGACCGUCCUUUAGAGGAGGCUGUCAAGAUUAAGGGUGCAGCUUUAAAGUAUUUGCCAAGCAUCAUCAAUGAUGUCAAACUAGUCUUUGACCCUGUUCAACUCAGCAACCUCUUCGGCAACUUCAUCCAGAGUAUUCCUGACAACCAGUUGGUUCGACAGAAGCUGAACUGCAUGACCAAGAUUGUUGAGAGUGACCUGUUUAAGCAGCCUGAAUGCAGAGAUGCUCUUCUCCCUCUGCUAAUAGACCAGCUGAGCGGCCAGUUGGAUGACAACUCAAACAAGCCCGACCACGAGGCCAGCUCACAGCUACUGAGCAGCAUUCUGGAAGUGCUGGAUAGGAAAGAUGUGGGGCCCACAGCCAAGCACAUCCAGCAGAUCAUGGAACGCCUGCUGAGGAGGAUCAACCGCACGGUGAUAGGAAUGAACAGACAGUCUCCACACAUUGGUAUUUUUGUGGCCUGCAUGACAGCCAUCCUGAGGCAGAUGGAUGACUACCAUUACAACCAUUACAUCAAUACUUUCAAAACCAGGCAGGACAUUAUUGACUUCCUGAUGGAAACAUUCAUUAUGUUUAAGGAUUUGAUUGGAAAAAACGUCUAUGCGUCUGACUGGAUGGUCAUGAAUAUGAUGCAGAGCAGGGUUUUCCUUCGGGCAGUGAACCAGUUUACCUCUGUGCUCAACCGCUUCUUCCUGGAUCAAACAAAUUUUGAACUCCAGCUCUGGAAUAACUAUUUCCAUUUGGCAGUGGCCUUUCUCACUCACGAAUCCCUCCAGCUGGAGACCUUCUCACAAGCCAAGCGCAGCAAAAUUAUCAAGAAGUAUGGGGACAUGAGGAAAGAAAUUGGCUUCAAAAUAAGGGAUAUGUGGUAUAAUCUGGGUCCCCACAAAAUAAAGUUUAUUCCAGCAAUGGUGGGGCCAAUCCUGGAGGUAACUUUGGUCCCAGAGCCUGAGCUGCGGAAAGCUACCAUUCCCAUCUUCUUUGAUAUGAUGCAGUGCGAGUACAACUUCAGUGGGAAUAGAAACUUUCAUAUGUUUGAAAACGAGUUAAUAACCAGACUGGACCAGGAAGUUGAGGGCGGCCGAGGGGAUGAACAGUACAAAAUUUUGCUGGAGAAACUCCUCCUGGAGCACUGUCGGAAGCAUAAAUAUCUCUCUGCUUCUGGAGAAAAGUUUGCUUGGCUGGUCAGCAGCUUGUUGGAGAACCUGCUGGACUACAGAACAAUCAUGCAUGAUGAAAGCAAGGAGAACCGCAUGAGCUGCACUGUCAACGUGCUGAAUUUUUACAAAGAGAAGAAACGAGAGGACAUUUAUAUCAGAUACCUGUAUAAACUCCGGGAUCUGCACACGGACUGUGAGAACUUCACUGAGGCCGCAAACACCCUCCUCCUCCAUGCAGAGUUGCUCCAGUGGUCUGAGAAGCCAUGUGUCCCUCAUCUGCUGCAGAGGGACAGCUACUACGUCUACUCACAACAGGAACUGAAGGAGAAGCUCUACCAAGAAAUUAUCUCCUUCUUUGACAGGGGCAAGAUGUGGGAAAAAGCCAUUCAGCUAAGCAAAGAGUUGGCUGACAUGUAUGAAAACAAGGUUUUCGAUUACGAGGGACUCAGUAAUGUCUUGAAAAAACGAGCUACUUUUUAUGAAAACAUUAUGAAGGCAAUGAGACCUCAACCAGAGUACUUUGCAGUUGGAUACUACGGUCAGGGUUUCCCCUCUUUCCUCCGGAACAAAAUUUUUAUCUACCGUGGCAAGGAGUAUGAACGGAGGGAAGACUUCAACCUGAAGCUCCUCACCCAGUUUCCUAGCGCUGAGAAGAUGACCAGCACUGCCCCUCCAGGAGAGGAGAUCAAAUCUUCUCCUAAACAGUAUGUGCAGUGCUUUAUAGUGAAGCCUGUGAUGAACCUGCCACCUACUUAUAAAGACAAACCUGUUCCUGAGCAGAUCUUAAACUACUACAGAGCAAACGAGGUACAGCAGUUCACACACUCACGACCAUUCAGAAAAGGAGAAAAGGACCCAGAGAACGAAUUUGCUACUAUGUGGAUAGAAAGGACAACCUACACGACAGCAUAUUCGUUUCCAGGCAUCCUCAAGUGGUUUGAAGUCAGACAGGUUUCAACGGAAGAGAUCAGCCCAUUGGAGAACGCCAUAGAAACGAUGGAGCUCACCAAUGAGAAAAUCAGCAACAUUGUCCAACAGCACGUCUGGGACCGGAGCCUUCCUGUGCAUCCUCUCUCCAUGCUCCUCAAUGGGAUUGUGGACCCGGCGGUCAUGGGGGGAUACACCAACUAUGAAAAGGCGUUUUUCACAGAGAAAUAUCUUCAAGAGCAUCCUGAAGAUCAAGAUAAAAUUGAACUGCUUAAGCAAUUGAUUGCUCUCCAGAUGCCAUUGUUAGCAGAGGGAAUAAGAAUCCAUGGCGAGAAGCUGACAGAGCAGCUGAAGCCUCUGCACGACAGGCUGACAGCCUGCUUCAAAGAGCUGAAGAAGAAGGUGGAGAAGCAGUACGGUGUAAUAACUUUGCCUCCCUCCCUGACCGAGAGGAAACCAAGCAGGUCAGGCUCUGUCGUGUUGCCCUACAUCAUGUCUUCCACGCUGAGACGGCUCUCUGUCACAUCUGUGGCCUCUUCUGUGGUCUCUACAUCUUCCACGUCAUCUGAUAGCACUUCCUCCAGGCCAGGUUCAGAUGGAUCUAUUCUGGAGCCUCUGUUGGAGAGAAGAAUAUCAACAGCUUCCAGAGCUGAAGAACUGCCCGUGAAAGAAGAUGGUGAUAACAGGAUUUGCAAACUGAAGCGGAAGGAAUGGAGUAUCAGCAAGUCCCAAGUUAUUGUGGAGAAGGAGCCAGAAAUGGAACUGACUUCCAAAAUGCAGAGCACGUCAGGAAAAGCUCAAAGGCCAAAGAGUCUUCAGUUAGGAGACAACAGGCUGACUUUGCUUCAGAGUUCUUCUCUCCAGCAGCCAACGCCUCUCAGCCCACCUCCCAUCACUCCCAAAACCCCAAGAACCCACAGUUUUCCCUCAUUGCAGUCGGAUGGAUUGCCAGCUGCUAGCCUGCAGAGCACCCCACCCCCACCUCCUCCCAAGAGCAAACCCUAUGAGAAUAGCAACCCAAGGAACUCUGUGGAGGUUGCUCCACCACUACCGAGCAGACGUGAAUCCAAACCUCCCCCUCCACCCCCAAAAACCAGAAAAUCCAGUGUCCUCUCAUCAGAGCAAGGAUUGCAGUGAGGAUUAUAGACUUGCUUGUUUAACAGCAAGUACCUAGAGAGAGAUGGCUGCUUUCUCUUCACUGACGUGCUGGGGUUUUCUACCCUAAAGACUAUUGAUCUCAGUUGCCAUUCCAUUUACUUCCACUGAAGUUCUCCCUGGAAAAUAGCAAAAGGAACUCUGAGUGUAACUAUAUUCCCAACCUCUGAUUUAUUUUUCCAAUAAUGAGACACUAAUUACAGAAGGGAAGAAGUCAGCCUACUGGAAUUCUUAUAUUAGCCUUGUCUGUCCUGAAUUUUUUCGCUGAUGCAAUUUCAGCGGCUCAUUCCUAAUGUAAAACUAUCACAGUAGUGAUUUGAAGCCAGUGCUUCACCGAGGUAAGCCACACCAGUAUGAGAUGUGUUCUGCAGUGUUUUCACAUGGGUUCAUUCCAGCUUUAUGCUAAAGCACAAAUCCCUCCUCCUGUUGCUGUAGUCAAGCCCUGAUUUGCAUGAAGUGAGACGGAUCGCAGCCGUGCAGCGUCAGGUGUUGGUGUGUGAUGUGUGGUCUCUUAAGAUUCGUGAUUGCAGGCAGAGACCUGAGCAUUGUGAGCAGGGUAAGAAACCUCUUUUCUGCUACUCAUCAUAUGUAUUGAAGAUGAAGUGCAGACGUUCUGCCUUCCCCGUUUCUGCUCAAGUGGUGGCAGUUGCUCACUCCCAAUGGAGAGUUUAGGUUUGCCAGUACUUAAUCAUAGUUUCACUGUUGGUUCUGGUUUUAACACUACAGAGCAGCUGAUAUCCCUUCCUUUGUUGUGUUGCUACUUUGUUUUGCACCUGGGACAAAGGCUUCGUCUUCAUGCUUUUUAAAUAGGGUGUAGAAAGUGACUUUUCUCCUGUGAAUGUCUUAGAAUGAAUGGAGGUUGUGUUGGUAGCAGCACUGUAUUGAUACCAGCAACUUGGGGAGGAUGGAGUGUGUACUGUAACACUUACUUUGGCUGACCAGAUCCUCACAAAUAGAAAUAAAUAUCAUCCUCCCUCUCCCCCACCCCAUUUAGGGCAAUACUUGCACUUUGUUUUGUAGCUUCCCUUGGUCUGAUUUGUUCACAGCCACUAGACUUUAAGGAACCACUUGGACCUGGGAUUUGUGGAAGACUUGACAAUCAACCACCAUGCUUCCUGUUGCUUGGAUUAUUACAGCUCUGUAGCUUUUUUUGCGUUGGAGAACAAGAUAAUUAUGUUAUUUAUAAGUAUGUUAUUAAUCUGCUUAAUUAUUCUCUCUUAGUUAUUUAUUUCCUGCUCUCUCAGGAUGUCAACAAGUCUUUUCAUUUUAUUUAUUCUAAAGAAGAAAAAUGUCCUGAUCUUGGGUUUUAACCUUUAAAAAUUCCUGCCUUUCCUCAGCUCAGAUGGAGCACAAAUAUCUUUACUCCAUGUGGCCCAGAUGGGUUUUGUGCAGUGCUUAAGCUGGAAGGAAGUUUGAUUGAAAGUUGUCUUGCAGCGUGCAUUUCAGCACUGUUCUACCACAGAAUUACCUUGAUCAUCCCAGCAGUAGCUUCAGCAACCCGUUCUUGCUGUGUGGAGCAGGACCUUCCUAAACUCUCCAUUUCAGAACUCACUGCUUGUGAGGAACAUCACUGUUACCUUUUCAAGCAGCAUAAUUAUUUCUGAUACACCCCCCCAGAGUUGUCACUGCCACUUGGUGCCACAUUUAUUUCAUCCAGCGAACAAUAUUGCUUGUUACCUGUCACUGUCAUUAAGCUCCUGAUUAUUGGGUAUAAUUUAUGGAGAUGCAUUUAAAUCCCUGCUGGGGAUGUUGCUCACAAGAUACCAUUUUUUUGUUUUGUUUUGCUGUGGCUUGUUUCUCUUCUUACAGCCCACUGCACCAGUCUUCUGCUCACGUGACUAAUGUGAGUUUAUUGCCUUACUGAAAAACUCAAGUUGUUUGAGAUAGGCUUUAAUUAGGUUUAAACUCUUUUUCAGAUAAAAAGAAAGAAACCCUAUUCUGGCUAUGAGGACCAAAGUUGCCCUUUCGCUUGUUCUUAUGUGUUCCUUUGUCUUCUGUGUGACUCCAGUUAAGGAAACCUGCAGGAGCUGCAUUUAUUUUACAGUGUGUAUGGCUCUGCAAACAGAUUGCACUCAUUAAAGGGUCAGAUCAGAUUCCCAUCACAGCAGGAUGGAGACAUCGGGGAAGUUGCACUGCAGUCACAGUUGUGCUCACAGCAGCCCACAUGCAAUUGUCUUCUGGGCUGUUGCCUUCUCAGGGGAAAUCUUUGAAACCUUUCUGGACAACCUGAGCAUGUUUCAGUGCCUCUGCUGUGUGUGUAGGACUUGUCAGCUCUGUGUUACAUUCCUGACCACAGAUGCUGCCUGACUGGAACACCACAGGGUUUUCUCAUCCUUCAUUUUUGUCCACUUCUCCCUCUUGUAAGCAGUAUCUCCCUUCUGCUGCUGUUGCACAAACUGAAGGAUCCUCUGAAGCUCUUCCCUUGAACAAGAACUUUUGUCUUCAGGUAGGGUGAGGUGUGAGUGAUAGAAACCUAUACCUUAACACCACCUUUUGUAAUUCAGUGCCUUGCCUUUGUAUCUGCCUGUUCCCUCAUUCUGAGGUGCUUUUCCUUUCUAAAGGAGGUUUGCUUUUAACUCCUUUAGUAAGGCAGCAGGAAGCUCAGCUAGUGGCUUCUCAUGGGCUGACAGCACAGUGAUCUGGUUUGGUCGAUUCGAUUCUAAAUGGCAUUUGAGUCAUAAUUGCCUGCUUUUCUGAUCUGUUUUAUUAACUUGAACUUGGAGAUGUACCUUGUGCAGCCAGUGGGUAUUUUUCCUGCAGCAGGAAGCUGGUCCAUGCAGAAAGGCCUGGGGGAAGCCUGACCUUGGGAAUAGUUCCUCAAUGUCCCUUUAUGCAAUGCUUCUGAACUUGAGGAUGUUUGGUUCUGCCUGCCAGUCAGUAUUACUGAUUGUGAAGAGUUCUGUUCUUACCUGAUACAAGUCAGCAGAGCCUCCAUAGAGCUACAGAUGGGAUUUCUGUGCUGUGGCCGAGUGACGUGAGCCUUUGUUUGGGCCAGUUUUGGAAAACAGCUUUGUCCUCUGUGUUGGGUUUUUAAAAGCAAUUGGGCAUUUAAAGGUGUAAGCACAGGGCCUGGCUGGUUUUAAUUAAGGAGAAUUUAGUGCAAAAUUCUACCAGACCUCUGAUUUUAAAACUUUUUUUAACGAAAAUGUUCUGCUCUUUGCUACAAGUUCUGAUAUUUAACCUUCAGAGACUGUUUAAGAUCUCACUAACUCAUUUUCAAGAUGAGAAUCAGUGUUUCACAUCACUCAAUGUCAUUGAAAGCAUAGGACUGAAAAUGGGAGUCCAAGACUGAUCCGUAAUGGCGAUCUCCACGCAGCAGAAGUGAAAGCAAACGGUGGCAUUUGUGCCCAGCUCCUUGCUUGGGAUAAGAUCGAGUUCCAUGUGCAGCCUGCGGAGGAGACAAGAUCUGAAUCCCAUCUCAAAUCCAUGCUGUCCACAGCUAGUGGGGAAUUUCAAGUCACAGAGAGGAUCUUUUUUUUUCCCUUUGGAGAAAUAUGCUCAACACUUGCUUUCUGGAGCUUGUAAUUAAAACUCGUCACGCUGUGACAAAUUCCUUCAAAAAUGUUACAGGCUCUAAUCCGCAUCAGGGAAGAGAGAAACAGACAGCUUUCCAUUUCAGUGGAUUAUUGGAUUAGGAAAGGACACCGAUUCCACUGAGAGCAGCUCUGUGAUCUGCAGCAGCAGAAAUGCCAUCGUGUGCAUGUAGCAGUUGUUGAGAACCUGUAUCCAGCCCCCACCACGCUGUGCAGCCCACGAGCAGCAGGUUGAACUUGCAGUGAUAAUGGCUCGGAUUUCCUCUCCUUAUUUAUUUUUAUAAUUGUAAAUGGAAAUAAGAAGUUUUGAAAUGUCUGUAACUUAACUGUAACCUUUUUCUCAAAUGUAAAAACAUUCCUGACUACUACUGGCUACCAUUAUGUUUUUUUUGUUUCUUUUAAUUAAAAACUUCUCUAUCUUAUGUUUACCAUUGCAGAGUACAUUAUCCAGUGGAAUGGCAUGAGCUUUUCCUGGGACUCAGUCAGGAAAAUCAAACCACACAUGGAUGUGAUUUCAUUUCUUGCGCAGUAGGAGGUGGGCUGUUCAGAAGCACGUGAGGUUCACCCGAUUCUGCUCCUGUUCAUGUUCUCAUUAAUCUUCACAGUGCAUUGCAGAGUGUAUUUAACUGGUUUUGAUGUGAGGAUGGAUAUCCCAGUUGGAGCUGAGUGAGGUUCCUGGCGUGGUACGACCCUAGCAUCCAUGGUGUCAAUGGAUGUAGUCGUUCCCUGUUGGUAUUGUAAAGAUUUUAAUGACAUGAGGAACCACAGGAUGUGUUUGUUUUGAGUUCAGGAGAACAUGGGUGUUGUGUGACACGUCCUUGUUAACAUUUAGAGAUGCUGCGUGUGAUGGUUUAGUUAGGAAACAGCCACCUCUACAGACUGCAAAUCUUUUUUUCCUCUUUUCAUCCCCUGCAGUUGAAGCAGCAGAAAGUAUGGCUUUUAAACUGGCUCUGAAGGAAGGGUAGGAACUAAACGUGGGGAAAGGAGGCUGCAUCUCUCUGGGUAAAUGGCAUAGGAUUCACUGUAAAGCAAGGUGUAUAAUUAUUUUUUUCAAUGCAUUAACUAUUGUAAAGUUUGUAAAUACCUUUUUAAUAUAAAUGUAGUUUUUAUGUGUGAACCAGUAAAAAAAAAAAUGAAGCAUACAAAAGUCCUUCAUGUGUGGUCUACUGAUGUGUGAGCAGAAUUCCAUUCCAGCAGUAAAAUUAUUUGUAAUUCGUAAUGAAGUUGUACUACUGUUGAGAUCAGGCCAUGCCCAGAUGUUGUGUGUGGGAGUGAAACAAAAGCUGUCAUUAUGGAAUGCAAAGCUGACCCCACAGAGCUGAUUCCCCUCCACUGGACUGCAACGUGUUUUCUUUUACCUACAAGCAAAUCAGCUGGACAUUGGUAUCCUCCACUAUUCCCCACUGAUUUCACAGUAUUUAUUCACGUAUUGCAAUCAAAGCAGAGGCAGGAGGAACUGUUUUCAACAUUGCUUUGAAAUUUUAUUCUGGGACUGUUGUUGCCUUUGUGGAUUUAAAUCUUCUUUCUUCUGGCUUCUCCUUCGAUCAGGCUUGCCUGUAAGCACACACCAUAUAUUAUUUUAAAAGAGAAGAAAGAACUUUGAUGAUGGAAUUUUAAAGCCUGCUCAGAUGCUAACAUAUUCCUACUGAGGUCUCCAUUGGAAGGAGGAUUAGAAUGACAUAAAUCUGACCCGACGUGAUCUCUCUGCCACCUGCCCAUGGAUCUGAUCAUGCAGUAUAAUGUAACUGACACUUAGAAUAGCCCUUUUCAUCCCAAAGUGUGUGACCAGCUUUACAUCUGUUAAGGGGCCCAUCGCCACAGCAGCUCUUAGAGGGCAGCCCAGCAGCUGCAGAACACUCCAUUUUGGCAUGAAUUUACACAAAGCAUCACUAUGCAAAAUGUCUCCGUCAACUUAAGCAGCUGGCCAAGAUACCAAGGGGAAGAAAGCGGUGCUUGCAGAAGUGUUACAGGGUGGGACAGUUGUCCCGUUCCCAUCUCUGUAUACAUUAGUUCUUUUUGAAUGGAAACAGAACUCCUGUGUCACAUCCUGCUCGACCUGGUCUCCUAUUUGUGCAUCUAUUUAUGUUGUUCCCUUGGAACUGAGAGCCCAAGGUGUUUUGGGUGGAAGUUCUCGGUAUAUUAUUCUUUCCCUUUUGUAUCUCAGCUCAUUGUAUUUCUGUCCUCACUACUGGCAGCUCCAGGAAGUGAUGAAGGCAACCUGCAAAGCUGUUUCCAUGGGCUGGUUCGUUUCCUGACACCUUCCCUCUCAUUGCAUAAUGCUCCCGUGUCAACUUCAGCAGUGUGUUAACAUUGGAAAACCUACAUCUGGAAAAGCUCUAAUUUGUUUUCAGCAUCAUUAAGCAGCUAGAAGAAAGCCACACAUUUCAGUCUAUACCACAGGAACAAGGUAUGCCAGGCGUGUGCUUGAGCGUGUAUUCAGAGGCGAGAGUUAUGUAACUGAAAUUUUUUUGUUUGGGCUUCAAAUAUUAAUUGUAGAGGGAGAGUUGCAACUUUAGGACAACUCAGAGAUAUUUCCCAGAAAGUGAGGACCAUCUGGGCAGGUCAAGGUGCUGCUGUAUUGUUUGAAGAGCACUCUUCUGCUUGAGAGUGUUGUUUGUGUGGCAGAUCAUGUGUAUGUGAAGUCUCUGCUGUCACUGCAUUAGAGCAUCUAAUGGAAAAUACAUUUCCCAGUCCGGGGACCUUGGGAGCAGCACUUCCAUAUGGCUCAAUCCUUCAGCUGGCAAAGCGUGCCUUUGAAGUUAAGCAUCUGCGAAUGCUGCCUACAUUUGUAUGAAGGAAGUACGUGCUUGACUUUAUUUUGGUUUUAAUUCAGUAAGUAAUGACAUAGUUACAGCAGGAGCAUCAGGAUUAAUGUGGUCAUAUUCUAGCGCCAUAACUUGGACAUACUGAGAGCGAUGCAAAACUGGGGUUGCCACAUGUGAACUAAGCUUUCCUGCCUCUUCUACCCCACCACUCGCACCCCUCCACCCCGUGCUUUGCCAGCCUGGACUGGUCUGAGAUUUUCCCACAGCAGUUAGAGAAAACCACGCUACUUACCACAGUCUCCUUCAGAUUGCUCAGCCUGGGAUGCUGGUAUGAUCCAGGGCAUUCAGCCUUCUGUGCUUCCCCAAGAUUUUCCAUUUCAUUUGCAAUCUGAAUGGGGAAUAAACACAGCCUUCAUGAAAACAGAUUUUUCUCCGAAGGCAAAUCUCCCCAGGUUAAAGGCAAAGUUUCUACUGCACAGUUGCAUUUACCUCUUUCCUACAUGUUACACUUGCUAUAACAGCUGUAGAAUGUUGGAAUUGUGGUUACAAGGGAGUACAUGUGAAAUAUUAGAAAGCAUCAGAAAAGCCAUUGGUGGACAGAACCUUUCCCAUCUGCUCUGUGGUUUGAGUCCUUCAGUGAAGCACUUGCCAUCGAAUCCCGCACCAGCUGCCAGUGCCACAUUCUCAUGGAGAUGGAUGGAUGUUGUCACAAAGCAGAUGAUCAGAAGGGCAGCUCAAACAAGGGGUGGUGAAGUCAGGUUUGACCUGGAAUCAGGCUUCCAUCCCUCCUUUAGAGCAAACUGACGAAGCUUUCCGUCUGUCACAGAAGCACUGCUGUGUGCGCAGGGCUCUCUGUCGCUGUACCACCACAGCACGGUCUGCUCUCCAGUUCCUACUUGACACAAAGUCUACACGUGUGUUGUAUAAUGCACACCAGUGUGCUGAGAGAGAGACUCCUGUAUAGUCUGUCACCUCUGGUAGUGCCACGAGGCUUUUUGCUUGCAUCUAGUACAGAUAAGGGAUCGGAGCAAAAGCAAGAGCUGUUUUACAGUCCUGAACUUACCUCUCGAAAUGAUUCCACCAGAUUUUCAGCAUUCCUUUUUCCUCCUGGUUGCAGGCCAUAAGACCAGUGUUGAGCCAAGCAGAUUGCCACAGACAUGGUAAACAGGAGGACACCAGCCAAGAUCUUCCUGGACUUCUCCAUUCUGCGAUGAGAGAACAAAGCGUAUUUAUGAUCCUGCGUCAUCACAGCUCAAUUUUUAUCUUACAGAAUCACCCCAGUGGCACUGUGCCUACGCGUGGGUCACAGCUGGGUUCUGAGCCCCUCAGAGCAUGGAUCAACUCAUCACAAAGAGAUUUGACAUCUGAGACAUUUGGAUAGAGAUCUAAAUUGGGAUUUUUGAGCACCCUUUCAGAGCUUUAGGAACCCCUGGACCUCGAAGGUUCAGUGAAAAUCCAUGUUGAUAUUUGACAGACGGGUUUGGUGUAGGCAGUUUCUGUUCUAAGAAGUGCUCUUUGCAGUGCCUUCUAAUGCAAGUUCCUUCCAGUGCAAGCAUCUGUAAGGACUGAAAAGUUGAAAUGGACAUGGCUGUUCAAGUACAUUACCUGCUUGCAGAGAGAAGCUGCAGAACUGCUCCAACGCUUCCCUGCUGGAAAAUGUCCCGUGAGUUGGCUUCUUGUCUCCCUUUAUAUCCAGCCACCCCACCACCAAACCCUUCACAGCAGGUAACGCUGCCUCAUUCUAUCCUACGGACUGCAAUUUUGUUCUUAAAGUUGCUGUCGUGUACUAAAGAAGUAAAGCACAUAAUUGGAGCAGCUGGGUGUAGCUGUUACCUACAGCUGUUUUCUCUUAGAGCCAUGAAAGUUACAGCUUUCCUUUUAAGAGGCUGUAAACCUGAUGUUCAAACCUAGCUGGCUGCUGUUGCCCCAUGGAAAAUAAAUAGACGGUCUUUCAGUGGCUUCUGGUUUUUUAGCAAUAAGCAAAAGCUCUUCUGUGGGUUUGAUUUUCUGAAGAGUUCCUUACAGGAGUUGAAAUGGAUGAGGAAUUCAGUUUAUUCUGUCUAUAUCAGAAGGAAACAGACCUUCAGUGCAUAAACAAGAGGUUGCACCAGCACGUGGCAUUUUGCAUGCUCUUCUGCAAGUCCUUAAUGCUUAAAUAAAAAUGCCUUCGUGUUCUGUGCUCUACCAAAUGCAAAGCAGUACUAAAUGGAUCAAAUAGACCCGAUGAUGAGGUUGUGAGUGCUGAGGAAGGGGCUCUCUCGCUUGAAUAGGACCCUCUGUAUACAUGUAAUGGAGAAUCCUGUUCAUAUGGAUGUAUGUGUAUAUACAGAUGCACACAUACAUGGGUGUGUGAAGUUAGGCAUUAACGCUUAUGGAGCUUUUUGUUGAGACUUCAUGCACUGCAGCUUUUGAAGAGGUCGUGGUGGCCAUCUGCAUUCAGAAGUCAAAUUCAAUAAUUUUGAUGGCAGAAACCUGUUUUUUUUUAUCCACCUGGCCACUGUUCCGAUUUGCUCUGCACUGGUUUAUGUGCAAUUGGGUGUAUCAUGUUUAGUGGUGUUUAAACAUCCUCUCUUCCUGCCCCUGUGACCUCUUUGAAAUUAAUGGAUUAAAUGUAAUUUAAUAAGUAAAUAGUUGAAGGAGGAUUUAGUGACUGCAGCAAAGAGCAAUUCUUCCUGCUGUAAUGCUCCUACUCACAGCAAGAGGAGCCAGCAGCAGUUCAGCUGAUAAACUGAUCAAGCUGUGAAAAUAGUUGGUUUCAGUGGGAGAAAGGUUACCUUAGCGUAGGCAGAUCACUUGAGAAGGGAGAUUUUCUGUUUUAUGACUGCUUCCUUCCCUGCUCUUCCUAGCAGAAAUUAACAUUACAAAGGAAAUGGAAGAUUUUGCUCAUCCUGAAAGAUGGCAUUUAAAGAAGGGAAUGGGCCUGCUUAGCCAGGUAAUUGCACCUCUUAUUCACCCACCAUCUGAAGCCAAGUCUGCCAACCUGCCCUCGCUGGCUGCCAGCAGCUGUGCUCCUCAGUGGGGCUCCUUAGAGCUGCUCCUGCAGCACAUCAGAAGGAAGCGCAGCGGUGAGCAAACUGUUCCCGUCUCAUGUUCAACUCUGGGCCCAAGUUACAUAAAGGAGGUGGGAGGUUGGGGAGAAGACUACAGCUGGUUCUGGUUGCCCACAAAUAUUUCCACAGCCCCACGUAAAGGAAACCAACAAAGGACUCCGAUUGUGGCAGAGGUGGAGCCCAUGUGGAAGGCUGAUCCAAGGUCUGGGAGAGCUUCAGUCAGAAGAAAUCAAAGAGUAGAGCUGGGUUUUGCACGUCAGCUCUCCGUCUUUUCUAACUUCUUGUCCUUCUAAGUAAAAUUAAGUAAGACAAAGA